CUGCUGGCUCCUUCACACACACACACUCUCACUCAACUCCAGUCAAACUUUUUACAGGAGCUAAAGAGACUGAGCCGACACAAAAUGAGAGGACUUGUUGUCUUGGUUACUUUGGCCUGCUUUGCCAGUGCUCAGCACCAAGCACUGAUUGACUACUUGGAGCGGAGGCUGCUCGCUAUUGAGGACCGGAUCUCCCUGUGGCAUGAACAGACCGCCCGUUACGCCUCAGAGCUGCGGGAGCUAAAGCAACAGAUGGUUUCCCAGCUGGAGAACCUGGAUAAAGAGAAAGAGAUACUGAGGACGAGUCUGGAUGGUGUGGGGACCAGGGUGGACCGGGUUGAGCGUGAGCUAGACUACCUGGAGACUCAGAACGGAGCUCAGCCAUGUGUGGACGUGGACGACAAGCUGAUAGAGCAGCAAGUGACGCUGGUAGAGGAGAAGCAGAAGGCCAAGUAUUCAAAACUAUCAGACUGCAGCGACAUGAUCUCCAGCAUAAAAGCCAUGAAGAUCCUGAAGCGAGUCGGAGGGCCAAAGGGCACGUGGACCAAAGACACCAGCAGGGGCUCUGGGAAGAUCUACAUUUUUAACGGGACAGAUGAAGACACCAUCCAUGAGUUUGCAACUGUACAAGACUUCUCUCGCUCACUGGGCCUGUCUCUGUCCAAGGACCUGAAGCUGCCGUCUGCCUGGAAGGGGACCGGACAUGUUGUCUUCAACAAUCAUGUGUAUUAUAUAAAUCAGGCUGAUGAGAUAAUGGUGGUUAAAUAUGACAUAAAGAACAACUCUUUGAAAGACAGCGCAGUGUUCCCAGUGCAGGACCACGUCCCAGUGUACGGCCUGACCCCUGAGACAGUGAUGGACCUGGCUGUGGACGAGGAAGGCCUGUGGGCCAUUUAUGCCACACGGCAGAACGAGAGGUACAUCUCUCUGGCGAAAAUGGAUGCCAACUCUCUGGACAUCGAGCAAAUGUGGGACACAAACUGUCCGAGGGAGAACGCGGAGGCAGCUUUUGUCAUCUGUGGCACUUUGUAUGUCGUGUACAACACCAAGCAGCCUGGUCGCUCACGUGUCCAGUGUGUGUUUGACGUCAAUGGUAUGGUGACCAAUGAAGAUGCACCACUAGUUUACUUUCCAAAGCGUUACGGAGCCCACUCCAGUCUGAAAUACAACCCACACGAGCAGCUGUUGUACGCCUGGGAUGAUGGCUACCAGAUUCUGUACAAGCUUAUCAUGAAAAAGAAACUAGAAAUUUGAGUUACAUAAUACACCACAACAUCCUCCCAAAACUCCCACAAACAAACCCAAACCCCAUUAAAGUACCAAACCAGUGCUUUAGCUCCUUAACCGCAAAUCAUGUGCACUGCUGACCAUUUUAAUGCAUAAUGUAGAAUACAGAUUAAUGUGCCACUGGGGUCCAUACAGUGUAAAAAUAAAUCUUGAAACUUUAACCGUGUAAUCCAGAGACCAUCAAGUAAUACCUGUUUUUUCAGUUUCAUUAUUGCGGUGUGGUACAUGAAAGUUUAAGUCCAGACUGUUUGAAGUCUCAAUAAUUACAGAACAUUUUUUAAACAUUUGUGCACUGUGACAACUCAAGCAAGUUUCAAGAGUUUGCAACCCAUUUAAAAUGAAAAAAAGAAUAUUUAAGUAAUUAUAAUGAGAAACUUUCAUAAAACAAUGACUUAGUAUUUCAGAUACUUUGUCAGAUUCUUAGUAUAUCAGAUACUGACUCAUUACUUUAAGAUAGAGGCAUUAUUUUAUGAUACUGAGUCAUUAUUUUAUGAUAACAAUUCAUUAUUUUGGAAUACAGAGUGAUUAUUUUCAUAUCAUUUCUAAUUAGAAUCAGUUAUUAUAAUCAUUUUCUUUUAUCACACUGGCAGAAAUGGGUUCUAUUAUCGCAUGUAAAUGAAUGGAAAGGGUUGGAGGGAAGGAAAAGUAAGUUCAAAAGUCUCCAGCACUCCAACAUGGUGUGCAAAAUGGUCAGCAGUGAUGUGAUUUGUAAUCAGUCAGCUAAACAUGCAAUAUCACCAGUGUGGGCUUUGAGUCUGAAUCACAUAAAGCCUUAAAAAGUUCAUUGAUGCUGGAUUGCUGAGCUGCAUCUGUAAACUCACACUUUUAGAUGUUAACAUUGGACAUAUAUUUCCACAUUUAAAAAGGUAUCAUGUGACUUCUUUAUCUGAGGCACAUUUUGUCAUCACUGCCAAACAGUUAUUUCUAAUCAAACUGCACUGCCUUUCCAUUUUAUCAGUUAUAUCUGUGCCUACUGGUGCAUCAACUCAAUGCACUUACCUGUGAUCUUUUGUGUUAAAUCAGCCAAGCACUUAUCUUUUUUUGUCAAUAUACAGGACGCAGGACACAUCAUACUUUAUUGGACCACUCACUUAAACCUCAAUACCUGUGCGUCUACUUAACCUGUCAUUUUGCUGUCUGAAUAAAUGUUAAUAACAUAUAUCCUGUAGCAGUGCUGAGUGCAUAGAAACACUCUUGUUUGUUGGUCAGGUGAAUUCAACCUGAGUUUCUAGUCAAAUGUACCCUCCUGCGAUUGCUCACUCAUAACAGUAUGUGUGGCAUCUAUUUAACUUUUAUCACUUUACAUAAAAGACAAUGCAUAGUUCUUAAGAUAGCAUUAAAAAAAUAAACAUUUCUUCAGUUAUGCCUCAAAGUUCAUUCAGCAGCUUUAUUAACUCGUCAGUCUUUUAACAUUUCUAGUACACAUUGUUUUAAUUUACCAGCUGUCAUAAUCAAAAUAUUUAUGGGGUUGUCUCACAUAAGUCAUUUCACACAAGUCGAGCACAUAUGGAUUUUGUGCUAUUAACAUUUUACUAAAUGAAAUUAAUAAAAUUAACAUAGAGCACCACUAUUUGAAUAACGCCUCUCAUGCAAUGCAAUUGUUUAUUAAUUUAUAUCUGAAUAUAACAUAUCUAUUUUUUACUGCUCAUUUUCUACUAUCUUUGCAGAAAUGGCCUCUAAUUCUUGUUCAUUAUGGAAAUAAAAUGGCAAACUACACCCGUUAACACUAGGGCUCUGUCUCCUACUAUGUACAGGAUAUGCAGAUAUGAGCAUAAUAAAGCCACUAUGUGUAAGAUUUAAACAUUUUAGACUUUGGCACUCCCAAGUGGUACAGUAGCAUCAAAAAGACACUGUGGCAGACAGCAAUGCAUUACUUUCCCUGUGAUUCAGAUUAUCUGUGCUAUCUUUUUGUCUCUGUUCAUCUUUUCUUGAUUUCAACCUUCUUGCAUUGACCGACGUGACGUCUAAAUAUGGCGCGACUAAUAAAGACUUAUUUAGUUGGAAGUCUGUUGGUUGAUUGGUAUUUCAUUGGAGUGUUUUUUAACUUUUAAAACACUAAUUUUAUUUAUUUAAUUUUUUACCUAAUUUUACCUUAUAGCUCAAGUUAAUCAUCUAAUUUUACAUACUUGAACCUUUUUUUGUCUUGAAAACUUAACAUCUCUUUUGCUGUACUUUUCCUGUGCUUUCUGUAGUUUCAACUCAAACUGUCAUGCACUUCUUCACAUAAUGUGACUUAA